AUGAAGCAGACGAUCGCGAUGUUUAACGAGAAUUUGAGACAUAAAUACGCUGUUCCGGUGAGUGUUCCUUAUGAGGGCCAAGUCACGUUCUGGAGGACUCCACCUCCGUACGCGACCAUAACCCCUCACAAGCUGAGGGCGGUUCAUGUUCGCCCCUCGGUGUAUAUGAGGCCAGAUCACAGAACGAUGAGAACGUGGGUAUCACUAGCCCUACUAGUGCUGUGCAGCCAGGGUUACGCUGAACAGAGCGGUGAUGAGUACUGCGACGCUGACAGCGGACCCUGGAGCUGUCUGCUGAACGAGUGGGCGGUCACCGCGACCUCCAAUGAGACCUGCAGGAGAGGUCGCGUCAUGUCCUUACCCCCCACUAAAGGCUACUACGUGACAGACCGCAUCGACCCCCCACCACCGCCGCACCACAUGCACGGACCACCCCUCCAUGGCCACCCUGGACAUCAUUUGCACCCCCACGGCACACCGAAGCACCCAUACUAUGAAGAGUGGCAAGCGUCGCCGCCACCACCGCCUGGAGCCGGAAAGAUCGUGAAUAGACCACCGAAUCCAUAUAAGGAUCAGUUCAGACCAAGCUAUCCUCCCCCAUCUCCCAACCAGCCUAUACCAUUACCCCCACCGCAGUACCCGCGCCCCGGCGCAGCAGACCGCGUCGACGAGCCACCCCCUCAACCACCGCAGAAGAAGGUCACCGAGACUGACCUGUAUCUGCUGACAGCCAUUGAGAAACUCGUCUUCAGGGUAGACCUCAUGGAGAAGAGGUUGAGAAAGAUGGAGGAAAGCGUCCAUUAUUUGGUGGCGGGAAGGGAUCCUCAACCAGAUCCUUGCCCCGAAGAAUUCACCCGCGUGGGCACAGCUUGUUACCACUUCUCCUCGGAGUCGCUGGACUGGAAGAGCGCCAACCUGCGCUGUCGCAAGCUGAAGGCCAACUUACUGGAGUUCCAAACGGACGAGGAGAGAAAACAGAUACACUCUGCGCUGCUGACUGACAAAAGACGACGAGGCGACGACUGGUGGACAGGCGGUCUUAACCCUGGCCUGCUCUGGAUCUGGUCGCACACAGCCCGUCCGGUUCUCAACGACACCCGUGCCAACAACACGAUCGCCGGCGAGGGCCGCUGCCUGGCGCUGGCGUACAACCCCAACGUGUCGGGCUACGUGUACAGAGGGCAGGACUGCGCGGUCAGGGUACGAUACGUGUGCGAGAAGGACAACGACGCCGCGAGGUUAAGCAAUGAGAUAGAAAAAACAGCGAAGCAGUUGGAAGACACCAACGGGGUGCUAAAGAAGGUCCAGACUGUGAAGAAGGCCGAUACCACGGAAAAAUCCGUCGAGAAACAGACUGAGAGAGCGGUCGUUAAUGUGACGUCCUCUCUAUAAUGCCCUACAUUAAAAAACACUUUAUUGGUAUCAGCGCUUUUAACGUCUUAUUAUGUUUGAAUCCAAAAAGAAACGUCAUGAAAUAAGGUUCUAAAUAGCAAACUUAUUCAAUUAUAUGUUGCAUAUUUUCACUUUUGACUGAUAAGAAUAAGGUUGAUAUUUAAUUACCACUAAAUUAUUCUUAUAUUUUUAAGAAAGAUAGAACCGCCACAAAAGAAAAAGGAAAGUAGUGAAAUAUUACUCAAACAAUCUAAAAAGCGCUUGUGCAAAUGAGCCCUUGCAGUGUAGUGUGUAGCAUUCCAAAGCUGAUUUAUUUAUUUAUUUAUAAGGAAUAGGAAUAAGAAUAAAACCAAACAUGUCUGUUGUAAUUUCUUAUUAUUCUAAAAUAUUUACAAUUUAUAAGAAUCACAACAAAUUAACUUAAAAUAAAUAUUUAUUAUGAUUGCAGUUUCGCAACGUAACCAAAUUUCUCAAAGCGCGUUCCUGGCAACAUUUCAAAUGCGCCCAGUGUUGCCAGCGAAGCAAAAUAUUGCCUAAAACGUGCUUUGUCUAACUUCGUUCCAACCAAUCGUGAUCUGACAAACAACCAUUUCAUAUUUGCGUCUCGUAUUAAUUAUUUUAGAAAGACAAGGAUACAAAUAGAUGUUUACUUCCAGAUCAUGUUUGCUUGAAACGAAUAUUGUUUAUUCUAUCAGUGGGUCUAAAGUUUAUAUAAAAACUGUAAAAGACCAGCAAGAAUCAGGCUGAACGAAGACACAGAACAAAUAAGCAAACACCACUAUAUUUAUCGUAUAAAACUUGAGUUUAUUUGUUAUGUUUGCGUUCAGACUUUUUCUGAACAGGUUUCUCGCUCGUCAAACGCGCAAAAUAUUCAUUUUCAGUCUAAGGAUUACGCGCAAUGACGAACCACGAAUUUCACUAUCCGCCUAGUACAGUGGGCCACAGAUCAUUUUUACUGGAAGGCCAUUUAAAGCAAUGUUACGUUUGACGUGCGG